GGUCUGCUUCAGGCACCGCAUUGAACGUCAAUGGACAGGGUCUGUGCGUGUUCGGUGUUCGCAAGACACGGCGUGACACGGCAAGACGCCGUUCGUGACUUCCCCAGCUAUUUUCCCUGCUCGAGCGCACCACUCCUUGGGCCCCGGCGCCCCGAAACCCAACCCAAGUCCCUCUCUCCUGCUUCAACGCAGCCAUGUGUAUGUUCCACUUACAGGUGUGGCCACCAUCUUUGGUGGUUGAAUGAGCAGCUUGCGCAGCGCUUUUUUGAUCCUGUUUGACCUUUUGCAACGCGGCAUACUAUAUAUAUAUUAUUAAUAUAACUAUAGGAACUGUUACAGGUGACCAGAAUGCAUAAAACUCCUUGCUUGCACGGGGGUUCGAGCCUAAGUGCCGGGCGGGCACCGCUAGCGCGACUGUGCUGUGCGUCCCAGCGGGUGCGGGGGCCGGCACCGGCGCAAGCCUUCUGGAAGCAAUCGGGCGCCAGUGCUGGGAAAAGCGGCAAGGCGCGGCCGGGCGCAAAGGCGCAGCAGCCAAAGCAGAAGGCCGGCGGCGGGAAGCAGGGCGGCGGCGGCGGCGGCGGCCUGAUGGACAGCGAGGUGCCUGUGUAUGCGGAGGCGUUCGACAUCAACAAGUGUGUGGACCUGUAUCUGCGCUUCUUCAAGUGGGUCAGCAGCCCUGUCACUGGAGGCUCCGGCAAGAAGUGAGGCCGGCGGCGUAGGAGGCCUGCCGGGGGGGGCGGCCUGGGGGGCGGCCUGGCGACUGCGCGCAGCUGGGGAGGUGGAGGUGUUGGCUGUUGAGGAGGCGGUAUUGAGAGCGUCGAGGGUGGGGGUACGCGCGCUGCAACUGUCGCCGUGCCUGCCUGGUCCCGGCCCAUCUCCUACACUUUGACAAGAAAAGGGCCAGCGCGACGUAUGGCGCGGCGUUGUUGACGUUGUUGGCACCACGGUUGAUUGCCCCUCAUUCGCCUGAUCGAGGCCCCGACCCGGACCCCGACCCGGACCCGAACAAGGCCCUUGUGUGCGUACCGGGGUGGAGGGCGCGACCGGGCACGUACAGGCGUGGGCCUGACGUAGCUAGGCCGCCGCGUCCGUAGGGCCCUCAGGGAGUCUCAGUUAGUAGAUGGCGUGUGUGGGUAUUGGUGCUUCCAGAAACAGUGCCGAAAGAAACGGCAGUGGAAGCUCGGGCGCACCGGAUACCAGCCGCCAUUGGACGUGUUGAAAAGAGUGCGAGGAGGGCAGAGAAGGCAGGGCCCUUGGACAUGCGCCGCAUGGACGUGUGCGAUGUGUGCGCGGCAUAGCCGAACAGGACGGUAGGCUGCAAGUAAUGGUGCAGGCGCCUAUGAUGCCCACUACCCCAGGAGUUCAGACGGGAUACAACAGGACAGUUCCUAGUUCUGUAAGUUACAUCGGCACGCACUCGGCUGUGGCUGACUGAAAGCGCGGAGCGGACCGCAUGGGUGGCAUGGGCGCCGUGCGGUAACGGGCAGCCACCCGAGACUCGCGGCAUGUCCGCAUGUAACCAGCGGCAAGUCCGCCACAGUAACUGAUACGGUACGUGCUUAUGGGCGGGGUAACCACGCGUCGUAAGUCGUAACCCUCCCCAGGUCGUAACUGUAACUACGGUACUCA